AUGGUAGAUCCCAUGCGGCCGUACGAGUGCUCCACCUGUGGCCGCACCUACAACCACAUCUCCAGCCUCAUCCGCCACCGGCGCUGCCACAAGGAGCCGCCUGAGGCCGGCCCGGCCGCCGCCGCCCCCCUGCCGCCGCCAGCCCCGGCCACCGAGCCGGCCGGGGAAGGCAGCCCUGGCCCGGCCCAGCCUGAUGGCCCCUUCACCUGCUCCCUGUGCUGGAAAGUCUUCAAGAAGCCGAGCCACCUGCACCAGCACCAGAUCAUCCACACCGGCGAGCGGCCCUUCAGCUGCUCCGUCUGCGAGAAGAGCUUCAACCGGCGCGAGAGCCUCAAGCGCCACGUCAAGACCCACUCGGCCCUGCUGCGGGUGCCCUGCGGCGUCUGCGGCAAGGAGUUCCGGGACGCCGCCUACCUGCUCAAGCACCAGGCCUCUCACGCUGGCCCGCGCCCCGACUACAAGUGCGACGUCUGCGGCAAGGCCUAUGCCGCGCCCCAGAGCCUGCUGCGCCAUCGCCAGCUCCACGAGGGGGCCGCCGCCCCCCCAAAGGACGCCCCGGCCGCCGACUCGGCCCCGGCCGCCUACCAGGGGCCCUUCCUGCUCCCCAAUGAGGCCCCCCACGCCGAGGGGGAGGCCAAGGCGGCUUUCGGCAACGCAGCGCUGCUGGGGCCCCACCCGCUGCUGCUGGGGGCCGGCAAGAGCUUCUGCUGUGGCAUCUGCGGGCGCGGCUUUGGCCGGCGGGAGACGCUGAAGCGGCACGAGCGGAUCCACACGGGCGAGAAGCCGCACCAGUGCUCUGUGUGCGGCAAGCGCUUCCGGGAGUCCUUCCACCUCACCAAGCACCACGUGGUGCACACCCGGGAGCGGCCCUACAAGUGCGAGCUGUGCGGCAAGGUCUUCGGCUACCCGCAAAGCCUCACCCGUCACAAGCAGAUCCACCGGCUGCAGCUGCCCUGCGCCCUGGGGCCCGCCGGCGCCCUGCCCGCCGAGGGGCUGAGCUACGGCUGCUCCGACUGCGGCGAGCGCUUCCCCGACCUCUUCCACGUCAUGAGCCACAAGGAGGCCCACAUGGCCGACAAGCCGUACGCCUGCGACGCCUGCGGCAAGUGCUUUGGCUUCAUCGAGAACCUCAUGUGGCACAAGCUUGUGCACCAGACGGCCCCUGAGCGGCUGCUGCCCGAGGGGGCUUGCGCCGAGGCCGCCCCACCCCCCGGGACCGCCGGCUGCCUGGAGAACGGGCUCCCCGGGGAGGCGCAGGCCGGUGCUGCCGCUGCCGCCGGCCUGGCCUCCCUAGUGGCCCCGUCCGAGGAGCACCCCAUGAUCCCCAGUGGGGAGCGCUUCACCUGCGGCAUCUGCGGGCAGAGCUUCAAGCACUUCCUGGCGCUGGUGACCCACAAGUACGUGCACCUGGUGCGGCGCACGCUGGGCUGCGCCGUGUGCGGGCGCAGCUUCGCCGGCGCCUACGACCUGCUGCUGCACCGCCGCACCCACCUGCAGAAGCGCCACUUCAGCUGCUCCGUCUGCGGCAAGCGCUUCUGGGAGGCGGCCCUGCUGAUGCGCCACCAGCGCUGCCACACCGAGGAGCGGCCCUACCGCUGCGCCGUCUGCGGGCGCGGCUUCCUGCGCUCCUGGUACCUGCGCCAGCACAAGGUGGUGCACACGGGCGAGCGGGCCUACAAGUGCGCCCUGUGCAACAAGCGCUUCGCCCAGUCCUCCAGCCUGGCCGAGCACCAGCGCCUCCACGUGGUGGCCCGGCCCCAGCGCUGCCAGACCUGCGGCAAGACCUUCCGCUACCGCUCCAACCUGCUGGAGCACCAGCGCGUGCACCUGGGGGAGAAGGUGUACCGCUGCGACCUCUGCGGCAAGAGCUUCUUCUACCUCUCGUCCAUCCUGCGGCACCAGCGGGCCCACAACGCCCGCCGCGACCUGCGCUGCUCCGCCUGCCUCAAGCUCUUCAAGGACCCCAAGUACUUCAGCAAGCACGUGCAGACCCACCAGGGCGGGCACCCCUUCAAGUGCAGCACCUGCGGCGAGGCCUUCGCCAACACCUACGGCCUGAAGAAACACCGGCACCUCCACAAGCUGGAGCGUCUGGCCGCCCUGGGCCACAAGGACCCCUGAGGGGGAGA